GGGAAUCCACGAAAGCCAGUAAGUGGGAAGUGACAGACGUUUUGUGAUUAAAACUUGGAAGUGACAUCCCAUCACCUUGGCUGUGUUCUGUUGUUCAGAAGCCAGGCACUAACCAGUCAGCAGUGACACAAGGAUGUGCACUCCAGGAGGCAGGGAGCAUUGGGAGCCAUUUUGGAGGCUCCCACCACAUAGGCCAACGUGAGGCAGUUGGGACUGAUUCUGAGUAAAACAGGAGACCAUGGAAGGGUUAAUGCCAGUGGAUCACAGUAUCUGAAUUUCCUCUAAUUUCAACCCCUUCUGGGUGCAGACCUGAAAAUGAGGCCCAGAGGGGCAGUGACUUUCCCAAGAUCACACACCUGGAACUCAGAGAAGUUCUGACCGAUAUUCCAUGUGAUGUCCUACUCCUUCUUGUAAUUCCUCCAUCUCUAAGUGUGUGCAUUAGACACAUGUGACACCCGUCCACAGGUGUUGUACGUAUUAUCACAUGAACACCUGACGAGGUCCCUAGGAAGCUGUUUUUAGCCCAAUCCCCGUUGUGCAGCUUGGGAGACUGGGGAGAUCUUGAGAGGCACAGCAGCUUUUCCAGGACACAGAACUGGUAGGGAAAAAGAGGUCUGACCUCAGCUCUGUCUCCUCAAAGCUGGGCCCCUGGUUCCAUUCCCAAGGAGCUGUGGGGAGGGUGGUGAUGGAUAUUUGUGUACAGUGAUGGAGAUGACAUGGGCAAGGAGGGAGAGCAGCCAACAGCCUAGAGGGGGCUUUGGGUAGGUCCUAUUGAAGGAAGGGGCCCAGGAAAUAGAACCUUGGAGAAGUGACCUCACUUCCUUGGUGACAGCCCCCAACAGAACUUAGAACUCUGGUUACCAGGCACCCACAUUGUAAUCACAGCCUCCUGUCCAGUUCAUUUGAGUGGAGACACUCGACACAGCAGGAUGUUCUCAUGUUGUACCGCGACUUUUCGAGGCUCUGGCCCCCGGAAAGCUGAGAAUGAGAGCAUGUUAAGUUGCUUUAGUCAUUGGCUCAGCCCUCACCUCGAUGCCUGUGGCCGUAUGGCAGGAGGAACCAUCAGGUAACAGCACAGCCCAGGGCAGGCCACUCUAGGUCAGGCCACAACUGUGAUCACAAAUGGACAGCCCCACACCCCUUGACCCUCAUUGUGUGUGUGUAUGGGAGAUGGAGUUAGGGAAGGUGGGGAUGAAGAGGACCCAUCUUGGGCAGGAGCAGGAAGCUAGAUGGUGGGAGUCUGAUAGUGUGUCAUGUUCAUACUCAAUAUCUUGGCUGCAGGAGAGGAAGGUGAGUGCUGGGGACCAAGCUCCUCUAUCCGCAUGUGAAUCCCAGGCCCUUGAGGUGUCACCGCAUUCCUUCCCUGGUGGAGUCUAUGCAGAUGCUCCUCUGUGCCUGAUCUAUGGAGGGGUUUCCCCCUGUGGCAAAGUCCAGGCAGGCCCCUAUACCUCCUGGCCUGAAUGCUGGGCACUGUCACUGCAGAGCUGCACCCAGGAGAUGGUCGAGGAGCUGGUGGAUGGUUUCCAGUUUGCCAUCUCCAUGGAGAGGACACAGGUGCACCAGUCCAUCAAUGAAGAGGGCUGGUCUGAGUGUGAGGAUGAGUCCACUUUGAAUUUAAAUGAGGCCUGCAGGAUGCGUGCCCUCCAGGCAGGCAUGAUGGAGAAGCUGACACAGUCCAUGGCACUAGCCUUCGUGAGUAGAAACAUCUCCAGCUUCACCACCUUCAUGGUCAACUACUCGGCCUCAGACAUAUCCCACCGGGUCCUGGACCAGCUGUUUACUAGAUCCUGUCCUCCAUCGUCCAUACCAAGUGAUGCCCUCAUAGCCUCCUUUACAGCUGGAGACAUCUUCCCCUAUUCCAGCCAAGAGGGCAGAGCACAGGAUCAUCUAAAAAUGCUGAGGUAUGGUGGCUUCCACUCCAGGAGGACAGGAGUCAAAGAGCUAUGGAUGGGUCCCAUUGACCCACUCCCACCACAGACCCAUCAAAUCUGCCUCCCGUUCUCUGCAUCUACUUCUUCUGACCUCCACCUCCAGGCCCAAGACAGAAAGUGUGUGAGCAAGCUGCUCAGAAAUCUGCCUCAGUGCUCAGUCCCGUUGCACAAGUGCAUAGACGGCUGGGCUAGGCUGUGUGCCAGCCCUUCUGGAGAAGAGUGUCAACGGGAAGAGAGUCAUGACAUACUCUGUGUCCAACCUGCUGGAUGAGCAGCGCUGCCACUGCCAGGACAGCCUCACAGGGGUCAGGGCGGCCAUGCUGCUCGCCCCUGGAUGGGAAGGGGCAGGCAUAGGGCCCAGUCCCAAGCAAGGGUGCCUUGGGUGAGAAGUGUGGAGGGAAAGGCCAGGCCUGUGACUCUGUUGUC